UUGUGCUCAUUAUCAGGGUCAAUAAACAAAACAGAAAAAAAGAAGAGAGAGAAAGAAAACAUAAAACCCAGCUCUGUAGGUGCAACGAUCAUCUUCAGUUUGCAUUGAGAUCUGCGAAAAGAAGUGAAUAAAGGGAGUAAUUCAUAACUAGAUUAUAUUGUUUUUACUUGUUGAUUAUCAAAGGCCUAAUUUUGUAUCUGUUACGGUGGAAAUUGGUUAGAAUCAUAUCAUAAAUGAUGACUUCUUCUGAGUCAGGAUCCAUUCGUUUUGGACAGUCAAUGGCAUCAUCCAGCUUAUCACCCUUAGCUCCACCAUUUAAGGUUGAUAAAGUUAUUCUGAAACCGAAUUUAGCAAACACAUCAGUGAUUUCUUCUGAGGUGCCUAUCUAUGGUGCUUGCUUUGCUCCGGCUCCUGGUCACUUUUGGAACAGUUCGUUAUCAUCGACGUCUGAACCAAAUUGCGCUGCAACUGAUGCGGUGGCUGCUAAUCUUGAUUGUUCAUUUGCUACUAACAUGUAUGGAUAUCAGGAAAUCCCAUCAAGCACUUCACCCACCAGUGUAUUUUAUGCUAGCAAUAAUGUUUCAACUUAUGAUCCCUUUUCGUAUGAUCAAUUUCCGAACACCAUGAAUUCGAGUACUAAAGUUGCCACAAAAUCUUGUUAUCCUCAGUAUAUUCCUCCUCCACCUCAAAAAGUUGGUAUUGAGCCAGGUUAUGACUUGCUCUCGCACUCUGGUUCUGCUUAUUUGAAUGGAUCUGGGUCUGCUCAAGUCUACCCUCAGCAGAAUAUGUUUGAUGAUGGAGGACAUAAAUCAAAGUGGGGUUAUUUUGGGUGUGAGUUGAACGACAAUGAACGUGGAAAAUUGACGGACUUUGCUCAAGGGUUUAUUUCAAAGGAAUUGAGUGGCUCAAAUUUAUCGAGCAGCAAGGGUUCUCUUUUUGUUGACUGGAGCAAUCAGAGUCAACCUUUCAUUGACAACAAUGUUCGUCUGUUUGCUGAUAGGUGCAACAACAAUCAAUUUUUUGAUGACAUGAGCGACAACCGUCAUUUAAAACAAGGGGCUUGUUUAACUAAGGACUCAGGUUUAUAUGGGGAAGCCUCUGCUAUUAAUGUUAAGGAUAAAUCCUUUGAUAUUUUUGGUGGAGCCUAUAACUUAGGUAGCCUUGGUUUAGAGCAGCAAGGUUGCAUGGCAUCAUCUGAACGUUCAACAUUGGGAACUUCUGCUUCUGCAUCAAUCUCUAAAGAGAGCCUUCAUAUUCAGGAACCAGUCAUGGAAUUUGGCCCAAUUCCCGCUGGCUCCCAAAAGGGUAAUAGCUCUUUACCGGAGGACCAUUUCAGCCACAAUGGAUUGUUUACGUUUGGUUGUGCAUCAACAACCACUACUUACCCCAUAGCUAUGUCCAAAUCACCAGUUGGUGGGAGCAGGUUUUCAGCGGAAAAUACAUUUUCAGCUGCUCAACCGAACUCUAUGGGCUUUAAUGCAACCGACCAAAGUACAGCUAUGCCGGGGUAUACAUCCUCUUAUCAUACGGAGAUGCCCGUUGGUUUAAAACGCCAGUCCAGCAUUAGAAUCAGAAGACCCGCCCCCUCCACGGCAGCGUCCUCUUGCCAUAUAGGAGAAACUGUUGAUAAUAGGCUUGAUGACAAGGCUUCUUCUGAAAGUAUAUUAUUUUCACCUCAACUACCUCACCAAAUAUGUUCAGAUGGCUUGAAAAUGGAAGCUAGUGAUUCGCUGUCCACAAAGCAUUCAGGCGGGUCUGACGUCCACAACACUGCUGAGGAUUCGCCAUGCUGGAAAGGAGCAUCGUCUAAUCGUUUUUCACCAUUUGGGCAUUCUGAAAGUGUGGAUUCAGAUGCUCCAAAAACAAUAGAUAAAUGCAGAAGUUUGAGCCCUCAUAAUGUCAAGAAUAAUGGUCCUUUUUCCUUUGGGAAAUUAAAGAAAGUGACUUCCUUAGAAAAGCCUUCACUUUCUGAUUGUACAUCUAAUGAUAAUGAAGCUUGUGAUUCUGUUAACCCAAAAUCCUAUCGCUUUGAUCUCAAUGCUGAAGAUAUUCCUCAAUUUGCUGAUGAUUGUGACACAUUUAUGAUGGAGAGCAAUAUGAUAAAGAAAUCACAAGCAUAUGCUGAUAUCAACAGUUCUUUAGCUGCACAAACGGAUGUUAAUGAAGAGCUUUCAUCUGGAAGAGAUAUCUCGGAAGCACCCCUUUCCGAAAAGCGUGGGAACGGCACUCCUGUUGUGACAGAGAUUCUGUCUGAUUUAUCCUUAAAAACCGACAUUAAUUCUUCAAACCCUCUUCCCGAAAGUAAAUCUAGUAUGAAGCCAGCUGAUGAAGAUCCAGACUCUAGGAUCGAUGUUAACGUGCUACUGAGAACAAUGAUGAAUCUGUCAGAAAUAUUUCAGCGUUACUGCUUCGUCAAUCAAGCUAAAGUUUCCGAGAAGCAAACUGUUGCAAUUAAGCAGGUUAUCAGCAACCUUAAUGCUUCCAUGUUACUGUUGUCUGGUCAAACUACUCCUACUCGGGUGCUUUCCUCGCCGGACAGAGUUUUCCAGAAAGAUUUUCCUGUUGUUCAGAUGGUGAAUGAUGCUGAAAUGCUUACUGCUUCUUUCAAGGAUGAUGGAUUCCCGCUUGAGGAUGCGAAUAUGACAGAGGCUCUGACUAAGCUUAUUUCUGAGAAUUUUCAAGAAGAGGAAACAGAUAAACAGAAACUUCUGUAUAAAAAUCUAUGGCUUGAAGCUGAAGCCUCACUUUGCAUCAUGACUGCUAAAGCUCGCUUUCUUCGUAUGAAGACUGAGAUGAAGAGGACUCACAAUGGAACAAAAGGUAACCCAACAAUCUCUAAUGUUCCUGUCGAUCUUGAACUAGGAACUGCUGAGAAAGAUUUCUCGUCUCGAGGUGAACGUCCUAAGACUACGAUAUCUGGCCAGCACACUCACAUCAAGGUGGUCCAUGAUCCAAAUUCAGAGGCGGCAAACUUGUUUUCCUCCGAAGAUGAAAGAUCAAAAUCUAAGUCAGGUUUUUCUGAUAAAAAUGAAGAUCGUCACUUCAUCACUCGUGUCAAUCAAGCUGCUGAGACUUGUGUAUUGGCUAGAUGCAAGAUUCCUAAGGAUCGUGUUGGUUCCUCCGACUCUUUGAACUACGAGAAGAAACAAUCUUCUAAUGAAUGUAAUUGUCCUUCACACUUUUCCGAUAUUAGCAAUGGUGUCCAUGUUUCAGUCUCAACAACUAAAGCAAAUGAUGUACACACUUCUGUUUUUGGAGACUAUCAAAUUCUAAAGGGUAAGGAUGAAAACUCUGAUCAAUAUGAAGGCCAACCGUCAUCAGAAGACGAAAACUAUCUGCCCGGCAAUGGUUCCUCUAGCACCAACAAAGCUUUCCAGGAUUCCGAAAUGUCUAACCCAUUCGGUAUCAGUGAUGAACUUAAGGCUUCUGUUUCUGGACAAACAAUUGCCUUCCAGGAUUUCCUGAACUCACUGGGCGUUACCAAUGAAUGUGAGGCUCGUAUUCCAGCUAGGUUCUAUAUACAAAGUCGUAUGGAUCACUCAAACUCUAUGUCCAAUGGUCCUGUACCAGGACAAACAAGUGAAGCAGGGGUUGAGAAUGGAAUUGAAGAUACAGGCGAAUCUCGCCAAAAAAGCAACAUGAAGAAAGCCACUUUUGAACCGUAUCCAGAAUCGAGCCAUGAUGGCGAUGUGGACUGCUUCAACAUUGGUGUUAAUGAGCAAUCAGCAUAUGCUCCUAUCAUGAAGACGAAUAGGAUGCACACUCUGGUACUUGAGGGUUGGUAUGGUAAUGAAUGCUCUUCAUCAGACUGGGAACACAUUUCUGGCCGCGAUCUCUAAAAAUGGAGCUCCCAACUUCCUUGUCGAUAUGUUUUUCCAUGCCGCCAUUUUGGGUGUUUCAAGCUGCUUGUACAUAGUAUAUUAACGCUUUCGUUGUAAAUAUGCUUUAAGCAAUUACACCUUCUAGAUUACCAAACUUACAAUUGUGUGAACUGGUUCGAAUUUGAUAUAUUUACUGAUUUGAAGAA